AUGGAGAUCCGAAUGGGAAGGAGAGAAGAGAUUUUGUGGACUACCCUCGGUUCAAAUCCUGGGUCCGCCACUUGCCCCGAGGAGUUCAAGUGGAUGCUGGACGAGCUGUUCCUGCUCAACGGCGUGCUCAACAUCGGCGACUCCAUCCCAUGGCUCGACUGGAUGGACCUGCAGGGGUACAUCAAGAGGAUGAAGAAGCUCAGCAAGAUGUUCCACCGGUUCCUGGAGCACGUCGUGGAGGAGCACAACCAGUGGCGGCUGCGCGAUGGCAAGGACUUCGUCGCCAAGGACAUGGUCGACGUGCUGCUGCAGAUCGCCGACGACCCGACCCUUGAGGUCGAGCUCGACAGGGAAAGUGUCAAGGCUUUUACCCAGGACCUCAUCGCCGGUGGCACGGAGAGCUCGGCGGCCACGGUAGAGUGGGCCAUCACGGAGCUCCUCAAGAAGCCCCAGGUCAUCGCCAAGGCCACGGAAGAGCUGGACCGCGUCAUCGGCCGCGGCCGCUGGGUGACAGAGAAGGACAUGCCCAGCCUCCCCUACGUCGACGCCAUCGUCAAGGAGACCAUGCGUCUGCACCCGGUGGCACCGCUGCUGGUGCCCCGCCUUGCUCGCGAGGACACGACCGUGGCCGGCUACGACAUCCCCACCGGAACGCGCGUGCUCGUCAGCGUCUGGUCCAUCGGCCGCGACCCCGCGCUGUGGGACGCGCCGGAGGAGUUCAUGCCGGAACGAUUCCUCGGCAGCAGGCUCGACGUGAAGGGGCAGGACUACGAGCUGCUGCCGUUCGGGUCCGGCCGCCGGAUGUGCCCCGCGUACAGCCUCGGCCUCAAGGUCAUCCAGGUGAGCCUUGCCAACCUGCUGCACGGCUUCACGUGGAGCCUUCCCGGUGGCAUGACCAAGGAGGAGCUCAGUAUGGAGGAGAUCUUCGGCCUGUCCACACCGCGCAAGUUCCCGCUCGAGGCUGUCGUCGGGCCCAAGCUCCCUGCACACCUCUAUUCGGAGGCUUGA